GAGGGCGCGGGGAUAGGGGGGCGAGGGUGGAGAGAGGCGCUGUGAUUGGCGGAGCGAAGUUACAGGUAUAAAAUGCCCUGUUGCCGCCCGCAGCCAGACUUGCUCCUGAGCAUGGCGAUCGGAUCCUUCUUGCUGGGGCGGGUGAGAAGCAGGAGAGAAGAAGAGCGCGGCUCCAUGGCGAGUCUCUUGGCGGGAGGGAGCGGGGUCCCAAGCUGACCCUGUCCAAACACCCGGUCAACCCUUUCAGGUCAUCGACCGGCGCCUUCUGCCCCAAAGCUCUUUGGGGCGAAGGGAUGAAUCGAUCGGAGACCGUCGCAAGAAGAAUUAGCGAGGAAGAUAUAGCAGUGGCUGCGUUCACACAACCGGGGUAGCCAGGACGUUUGAGCUCUAACGUUGCCCGGUUGUCUCCCAAGGACCCCUCCCUCCUUCCAGGACCCCCGGAAGACACCGAGGGACCAGCGCUGUUUUUUCUCUCUUCUUCGCGGAUCCAAACAGGGCGGAGAAUUUUUUUAGCAGAGUUGGAUUUAUUUGCGGAUCCGGACGGGAGCCGAACCGGGGCAGAGCCUAAGCGACCCCCCCGGGGGGCGCGUGGUUGGAGGGCGAUGCCGCUGCACCGGAGGCUCCUUUUACUCUUGGGAGGGGUGCUGGGGUUCUUCGUGCCGGGGGACUUUUGCGGCUCUUUGUACUAUUCCUACCUGAAGGUAUCAGAGUCCAGCCAGGGGCUGCCCCAGUUCCUCUCCGUGAUCCACCUGAAUGAUACUCCCAUUGCUCGAUAUGACUUCCUCAACAAGAAGACAAUUCCUCUGGUGCCCUGGAUGAAGGAGGAGGAGAUGGUGAAGAUACCUGAGAGGAUAUUCAGAGGUGACCUGGAGUGGUUAUCAGCACGCAGCAACCAGACUGGAGGGCUUCACACCUGGCAGGUGAUUGUGGGCUGUGAGCUCAAGGAAGAUGGGACCAAAAGAGGAUUUUUGCACUAUGGCUACGAUGGGAUGGACGUCAUCAGCUUUGAUAAAGAGACCCUCAGAUGGGUGGUAUCUCAAUCCCAGGCACAGAAGGUCAAGGAGGAUUGGGAGAAGGCUCCACACUGGUCCCAGAAAAUUAAACACUUCCUGGAGAAGACCUGCAUUGAGUGGCUGCAGACAAACAUGUCCUACCAGAAGGAGGCUCUGAAGAAGACAGAGCCUCCGGUGGGGAAAUUGACUCGCAAGGUGGUGGAUGACAGCCUGGAGGUCCUCACAUGCCAGGCCUUUGGCUUCUACCCCAAGGAGAUCCUGGCCACUUGGAUGAAGAACGGAAAAGUCUGCGAGUAUGGGACCCUCCAUAGGAAUGUGGCCCCCAACUCAGACGGGACCUAUUACGUCUGGCUCAGCAUUGAGAUCAACCCCAAGGAGAGGGACCGUUUUCGGUGUCGCCUGGAGCACAAGGGCUUGCAGGAGCCCCUGGUCUUGGCAUGGGAAGAGAAAAAAGAUGUGAUGUUACUUGGUUUUCUGGCAGAUGUGAUGAUCAACAUCCCAGGAGCUCUGAUUCUCUUCCUGAUCUGCUACCGGCUGAACAAGAGGAAGAAACUCCAUCAGGCAAUGACAACUCACCUUGAUGACCUUUCUUUAGAAAAACUUUGUUCUUUCUCUACUUAUGUCACUGAAGAUGAGAUUCAAUCAGCGGCGAUGCUCCCAUCCAAAACAACACCAAAGGGUUGCUGUGUGCAGAAGACAGAGCUAAGGGAAGGAGAGAAAACACCUCUGAGGGCUUCUCCAGAUGCCAGUUCAGACAACGUGGAAGAGCCAACCCUGGAGACUUCAGAGGGGGGCCUAGAGGAACAUCUAGAAGAUGCCGAGGCCACCAAGCCAGGAAUGGAAGGGCUGGAGGAAGAAGUGAACCUCAGGGGUCCCUCAGAGAAACAAGCAGAUGAGCACCUGGCUGGAGAAGAAAGGGGAGAGACACAGAUGCAGCUGGAGGACUCACAGAUCCAUCCAGAAGCCCAGGAUGGAGAAGGAUUGCAGCUGCAGCUGAUCAGCAUGGAUGAUGAGAAACCGCCUCCUCCACUGUAGGACUGAAUGGAGGGAGGCACAAUGGAGGUCAGUGAGGUUACUCGCAAGGAGGCAGCCUCUUUCCUCAUAAGGCUCUAUACCAGCACAUGCCUACCUAGUCUAACAUUUCAACAAUGCAGCAUUAGAAACAACCACACAUUUUCCCUGCCAUGCAGGUACUGUAACCAUGUGACUGCUAUUCAUGUGACUUUGGAUCUGUGCUUCAUGUUGCCUCCGUUUGGACUUUGGACUUGCACUUUGGCUUGGAUUUGGGUGUGGAUUCUGAACCAUGCCUGAAUUUUUCACUGUGUGUGUGUGUGUGUGUGUGUGUGUGUGUGUGUGUGUGUGUGUAUUUGGGGACUUAUCCCUUUCCCUGGGCUCUCUGCAAUUUUCUGCCUAGGCUGCACAACCUCGGAUUCAGUGGAAUUUUGCAGGAGAUGUGAAUGGGACCUAGGAAACACUAUAAGGGGCUUCACCCUCAUUUUGUUUUGGACCUGAUCAGGGUCAAACUGAGAUCAUCUCCUGCCCUAAUUCCACCAAGGCCAAAUUAACCCUUUGACGGUGGCCAGGGAAGGUGCCAUUUCCUUUCGUUACUUUUAUUUUCCCCACUAAAAGCAAAGUGUAUGAUAUGAAUUUUGGCACUUAAUUUGAGAAUAUGAUAACGGCAAUAUAUUCGAUACAGAAAGCAAAAAGUAUAAUCAAUGGAGAAAAUACCCAAACGUUAAAUAUAGAGAAAGGAGUUUGACAAGGCUGUCCCCUAUCAUUUCUGCUCUUUAUACUUUCAUUAGAAGUAUUAUUAGAACGAAUUAGACAAAACCACAAAUAAAAGGAUUGAAAACCAGAAAUGAAGAAUAUAAACGGCAAGCAUUUGCAGAUGAUUUGGCCUUUAUCAUUGAAGAACCAUUAGAGAGAGGACAAGCAUUAAUUAAAGAAUUAG